UAUUCUGUCCGUUAUUUAUUAAGCAGACAUUAUUCCUUCUCUAAAUCAUUUCUUAUAUACUGACAUAACAUGUUCUCUAUAUAUCUCUUAGAUCUCACAGUAUAAGUGAGUUACCAUAGCAUUUUACAAAAGGUCACAAAAUGGUAUCAUCACAUGCUUCUUCUUUGUAUCUUGUUUGAAAGCAGUGGAUCAAAAGUAGACAUUAGAAUGAUAUUUAUCCAAGGGUCAUAGGAUCUCAUCUUGAACACGUACAAGUUCUGCAGAAUGAAAUGUAUAAUUAAGUUCUGCUACAAAAAUAAAUGGAUUUCUGCAGGGAGUGAUUGAAGGGCUAAAGGCAUACAGAAGCAAAGAUGGGCGUAUAGUUAUGUUUAGACCAGAAGAGAAUGGUAGGCGCAUGAAGAUUGGAGCAGAGAGAAUGUGCAUGCCAUCACCAUCUGUUGAGCAAUUUGUGAAUGCUGUGAAGCAAACUGUGCUUGCCAAUAAACGUUGGGUGCCUCCUCUGGGGAAAGGUUCACUGUAUAUCAGGCCACUGCUUAUGGGAACAGGAAGUGUGUUAGGCUUAGUUCCAGCACCUGAGUACACGUUUCUUAUAUAUGUCACUCCUGUCAAAACCUAUCACAAAGGUCCAUUGAACUUGGUAAUCAAGGACAAGCUAUACAGGGCCAUAUCUGGGAGUGGAGGAACUGGAGGGGUCAAGAGUGUGGUUAACUAUUCUCCAGCUUAUAAGGCACUGAAGGAAGCGAGGGCUGAAGGGUUCUCGGAUAUAUUGUACUUAGAUGCAGCAACGGGAAAAUUUGUUGAGGAGCUUUCUUCAUGCAAUAUCUUCCUUGUCAAGGGGAAAGCUAUCUCAACUCCAACCGCAGGAGGAAAUAAUAUUCUGCCUGGAAUCACCCGGAAAAGCAUCAUUGAAAUUGCCAUUGACUUGGGUUAUGAGGUAAUGGAAGGCGAAGUAGGAGUGGAUGAAUUAAUGGAGGCUGACGAAGUUUUCUGCACUGGGACUGCAGUCGGUGUCAAUCCUGUUGCAUCCAUCACUCACAAUAAUAACAGAGCUGAAUAUAAAACAGGACCAGAAGCAGUUUCUCAAAAACUCCUCCAAACUUUAGUUGGUAUCCAAACAGGACAUAUUCAGGACACGAGGGGUUGGACUCUGCAAAUUGAAUAAGCCAUCGCAUUCAGUAUUCUGGUCCCAUAGCUAUUAUAAGCUUCAAUAAAUUACUUUUAAGUUAAAAAUUAUAGUUAAAUUAGUUAUGUCUUAUACAAUCUCAAAAUUAUGC